AUGCCGCUGGGCGCAUGGGCCUGGGAGCCGACCCUGCGGGGCCCCGGAAGGCAUGGCUUCGACCGGCCUGCCGCCACAGCUUUCGAGGCCUUCCACCGCCACGAGUUCGUCGCCGCCACAGCGCCAGCAACGGUUCGCACGCUGCCGCGGCCGCUGCCGGCGCUCCACGAGGAGAUGGCGCCACCCCCUCACGAGGAGCUCCCGCCACAGGAGAUGCCCAAGGUGCGCACCAUCGACGAGGAAGAUGACCUCCGCUUCAGGCAGAGCAAGGAGGAUCGGCAAAUCGCGCGGCUGGGGGCCGCGAUGGACGAGAAGAUAGAGAAGCUGGAGGACCGGUUCCUGACUGGAGACCUGCAAAGCCUGGUCGUGCCUCUUCCCUCCACCCCGGUGGUGCCUGCCGCCUCGAAGGUCCACUUCUUGCAAGGCAAGCCAUCGACUGUGAGCACAUCCGUGGCCAAUCCUGAUGAUGAACUCGAUGCCCUGCUCCACCGCGUGGACGGCGUGGAGCGGCGGCUGAUCCGGGGCCCGCCCUCGGACCGGCUGGAGGGCAUCGCUUCCGCUCUCGCCCGUGCACCACGCAUGGGGAAGGCUGGGACGUCAAAGAACAGGAAAGGAGUGUUCGAUGUCCACGAAUUCCAUGAGCAUGUGGGCCUGGCCACUAGCAAGGUCCACGUGAUGCAGCCCUUCAUGACCUCGCCGGGCAUGGAAGAGUUCCAGCACGGCCUGGGCGUUUUCCUGGGCUAUGACAGCAACGAGGUCCUGCCAGGCCCGAUUGCGGAAAGCUGGGACGAGGCCUGUGUGACGCUGGCGUACCGGAAAGGAGCCGGUCACAACCUAAAGGCCGUCAGCUUCCCAACUUGCCGUGGCUCGGCCUUUGUCACGGGAGAGUUCCGCGGCGUGCGGCCCCUGGUGUCCUCGGACCUGAUGCUGGCGGAGCCGAAGAAGCUCCGCGUGGACGGUAAGCUUGUGGACUGCACCGACUUUGUGCAGGGCAAGGAGAUAGAAUUCACCCUCAGCACGGGCGACAGCUGGCUGGUCGUCUUUCCACCCGGGAUGGGCUGGGUCUGCAAGGCUUGGCCUUUCAAGCUCCUGGCUGCAGAGCAGACUCCACUGCAAGGUGCAGCAAUCCAGGUGGCCAUGCUCAGUGGCAAGAACCCAGGCUGCGACGUGCAACGCUGGGCAUCCUUGGUUCGAGCGCACGCGGGCGCCUACCCGGUCGCCUCGGGCGUCAACUUCAAGGUUGGCGACAACGCGGAUGACGGAGAGGUCAGCUUCAACUGGGCCGACUACGUGCGAACAGUGCCUGGCCACGGCAAGAAGGCCAAUCUGCGUGCAGCUGCCAUCUUGAUAUGGUGA